GAAUUUGAACCAUACAAAUCAAAUUCUGAGAAGAUUUCGGCGUCGUGAUUCCUGGACCGUAGAAACUGUUGAUACUAAAUUAAGACUACCGUGUAACGUUGGAGCUUUCUAUAUAACAAGUGCGUUGGUAACUGAGACAUUGCGAGAAAGGACAGAGAGCGAACAAGGCAACAGAAACCUAUCCGAAGUCCGAACCCAAAGAUGGCGGCCGCGGUGGUGGUGCUUCCGGUGGCGUACAACACCUCCGCUGCCGUUCCCGGCUGGCUAAACAAGGGAGAUAAUGCUUGGCAAAUGGUCUCGGCCGCGCUGGUCGGCAUGCAAGCCAUGCCGGGCCUGACGAUCCUUUACGCAGGCCUCGUGAAGAAGAAAUGGGCCCUCAACUCCGCCUUCAUGGCUCUCUACGCCUUCGCCGCCGUCAUGCCAUGCUGGGUUCUGUGGGCUUACAAGAUGUCCUUCGGUAACCGCCUCAUCCCCUUCUUGGGGAAACCGGGCCUCGCCGUCUCCCAAGAUUAUUUGAUCCCACAAGCCUUUCUCCCCUCAACCCAUUACGUGGACGGGACAUCAGAAACUCCGGCGUUACAGCCGUGGUAUCCUAUGGCUACAAUGGUGUUCUUCCAGUUUGCGUUUGCCGCUGUGACCGUGAUACUCCUCGCCGGGUCCGUGUUGGCUCGGAUGAGUAUCAGGGCUUGGAUGGUCUUUGUGCCACUUUGGAUCACGUUUUCUUAUAGUGUUGGAGCGUUUAGCGUAUGGGGUGGAGGGUUCCUAUUCCAGUGGGGAGUCAUGGAUUAUUCCGGCGGUUACGUUGUUCAUCUAGCCUCCGGCGCUGCCGGAUUCACAGCUGCAUAUUGGGUGGGACCAAGAUUGAGGGAAGACCGGGAAGAGUUUCCGCCGAAUAACCUCUUACUAGCACUGGCUGGAGCUGGAAUUCUGUGGAUGGGUUGGACAGGUUUCAACGGAGGCGAUCCUUUCGCUGCCAAUGUGGAUUCCUCCCUCGCAGUUCUAAAUACCCACAUAUGUGCAGCAACCAGUCUCCUUGUGUGGACUUGCUGGGAUGUUCUGUUUUUCAAGAAACCAUCAGUAAUUGGAGCAAUUAAUGGAAUGAUCACUGGAUUGGUUUGCAUCACUCCUGGUGCAGGUCUUGUGCAGGGAUGGGCUGCAAUUGUAAUGGGUAUAGCUUCUGGUACCGUUCCUUGGUACACGAUGAUGGUCUUGAGCAGAAAACUGUCAUUGCUGCAGAAGGUUGACGACACUCUAGGCGUCCUUCACACUCAUGCUGUUGCUGGAAUCCUCGGCGGGGCCCUAACUGGACUCUUUGCUCAUCCAGACCUCAGUAGCCUUUUUCUGGCAGUACCCAAUUCGAAUGGAGCCUUCUAUGGCGGAAACGGUGGAGUGCAAUUCCUUAAACAGUUGGCCGGCGCUGCUUUUAUUAUAGGCUGGAACGUGGUAGCCACAUCUAUUAUUCUGGUGGUCAUUAGGGUAGUGAUACCUCUCCGGAUGUCCGAGGAAGAGCUCAGGAUUGGGGAUGAUGCGGCCCAUGGAGAAGAAGCCUAUUCCCUUGCCGGACAAGGACAGAGGGAGAAAUUUUCAAACAAUGGAAGAAUCCAACUUGUUGAGAGCCAGAUUCCCUAACUCAGCAUCCGGCCCAACGAACCGACUACUCUAGUUUCAUGUGAAAAGAGAAAUAUUCAGCAACAUUAAAAUGCAGGAAAAAAGAACGAUGUUUUGAUGUAGAUGAAGCAAUUCAGAAAGAUAGGUUCAGCAGUUUCAAUAGAUUCUUUAUGUGAAUGUACCUAUAUUUUUUUGCUUAAAUUGUAUUUGUAUUUGUUUCUCAGUUGUAUGAUGUGGUCUACUGUAAAUAUGCAGCUUUUGAAUUGAA